GGAGUAGACGAUGCGCAUCUUUGACCCCACCUUGUGUCCGUGACGUGUCGCAGUACAGGAAAGGAGUGGGAGAGCAGCGGGGGAUGAAGUGCUUAGAAGCUGAGUGGCUGUGUGCUGUAGCAUCUACGAGUCACCUCAGUGAUGGAAACUUGGGUUCCGAUGCGUACCUUGGUAGCAGCUGUUGGGUUCACCGAUACCCGAUCGACAUGACUUGUCUCCACGGAAUGUGUCGCUCAAGGUCGCGAGGCUCGGCUGUGGUGGUGAGCAAGCUCCACCUUGGAAGAAGCAAUCUUGAAAAGAGCUCCGUUGAUUUGCUGUGGGUCCUCCUCAAGCAUCGUCCACCAGCUUGUAACGCCAAUUUUGCUUGUGCGUGCGAGCGUGCAGUCGUCGUUGCAGCCACAAGGUCUCCACCCCUUGAUGCUCCCGAUAGAAGAGGGGUAGUGAGCUUCAUCACGAUGGAAUUCAGCAUCAAAUUACAGACCAUGAUGGGAUAGGAGGUGCAGAAAAUCAAGCCGAGGAGGUUAAUUGAGCUGCAAUAGCCUCUGCUGAAAAA